UCCUCUUCUGUCCUGCUUUUGUUGGGCUGGAAGACCUGGGAAGGCUCUCCUCCAGCCGGGAAGAAUGGCUCUACCUAUCAACCCCAUGGACGAGCCCAGGAUGUACCAGCAGACGCUCCUCCAGGACGGCCUGUACGACCUCCUGGAGAGCGACAAGCUGGUGGACUGCGUCCUGAAGAUCAAAGACAAGGAGUUCCCCUGCCACCGCCUGGUCCUGUGCGCCUGCAGCUCCUACUUCCGAUCCAUCUUCCUGUCCGACUUGGACGAGAGCAAAAAGAGGGAGAUCGUCUUGGAGGACGUGGAGCCAGGCGUCAUGGGGCUGAUCCUCAAGUACCUGUACACCUCCAAAAUUAACGUGACAGAGCAGAAUGUUCAGGACAUCUUCGCCGUGGCUAACCUGUACCAGAUCCCUUCCAUCUUCACCGUGUGCGUGUCGUUCUUGCAGAAGCGUCUGAGUCUCAGUAACUGCUUGGCCAUCUUCAGGCUGGGCUUGAUGCUGGACUGUCCCAGGCUGGCCGUGUCCGCCAGAAACUACGCCUGUGAGCGCUUCCAGCUCAUCUCCAGGGAUGAGGACUUCCUGCAGCUGCAGCCCAGCGAGCUGGCGGCCAUCUUGGCCAAUGACAAUCUCAACGUGGACGCAGAGGAGGCCGUGUUUGAGGCGCUGAUGAACUGGGUGUCCCGGGACUUGGAGGACAGAGAGAAAUCCUUGCCGGGGUUGCUGGAUUGUGUUCGCUUGCGUCUGGUCAGUGACGACUACCUGAGGGAGAAGGUGGAGAAGCACAAACUGAUCUCAUCCAAUCCUGAACUGCAGAAGAAGCUCCAGAUGGUCAGAGACGCUCGGGCUGGGAAGAUGCCUGAAGUGAAACCCAAGAAGGAGAAGGAGGAGGAGGAUGGUGGAGCAGACAAAGAGGAGGAGGAGGAAGAGGAGAGUCUUCUCCCAAGCAUCCUCAAUGACAACAUGCGCUUCGGCAUGUUUGCCCGGGACUUGAUCCUGAUGGUCAAUGACUCGGGAGCGGUUGCUUACGACCCAGCGGGGAACGACUGCUUCAUGGCGUCCGUGUCCACGCAAGUUCCCAAGAACCACGUCAGCCUGGUCACCAAGGAGAACCAGAUCUUUGUGGCUGGAGGAUUGUUCAUCGAUGAGCAGAACAAGGAGAAUCCACUCUGCUCUUACUUCCUGCAGUAUGACCCGGUAAGUGCCGACUGGCUCGGGAUGCCACCGCUCCCGUCUCCCCGCUUUCUGUUCGGCCUGGGUGAGGCCGAGAACUCCAUCUUUGUGCUGGGAGGGCGGGAAGUGAAGGAUCAGGAGCACACGCUGGACUCCGUCCUGGUCUACGACAGACAGUCUUUCAAAUGGGGCGAGUCUGAGCCAGUUCCAUAUGUGGUCUACGGACAUGCGACGGUGUCCCACAAGGAUAUGGUUUACGUCAUUGGAGGAAAAGGAGACAACAAGAGCUGCUUGAGGAAGAUGCACGCGUAUGACGCCAAGAGGUUCCAAUGGAAGGAGCUGUCCCCCAUGAAGACUGCUCGCUCGCUUUUUGGAGCGACCGUUCACGAGAACAAAAUCUAUGUGGCCGGAGGAGUCACCGACACGGGCCUGACGGACUCUGUGGAGGUCUACGAUAUUGCGACCAACAAGUGGUCGGACUUUGAGACGUUUCCCCAAGAACGUAGCUCCCUGAACUUGGUGUCUUUGGCGGGCUUGCUGUACGCUGUGGGAGGUUUUGCCAUGAUGCCUUUGGAGGACAGCGAGGACAUUAUUCCCAAAGAGAUGAACGACGUCUGGAGGUAUAACGAAGAGGACAAGAAGUGGAACGGGAUCCUCAGAGAGAUCUCGUAUGCUUCGGGAGCCACGAUUCUGGGGGUCCGGCUCAACACGCUGCGACUCAACAAGCUGUAACAAAAUCUAAAAGGCAUUAAUCAGGACUCUUCCACGUUUUCGAGCAGAAAGAAACAAAGCUGGAAUUCAGAUUAAUGGAGGACAACCCGACUGUUGAAUUAACUGACUGUUCUUGUGGAUGAGCACUGAUGUUGAGAAUAUGAGGUUUUCUUUUGCUUUUAAAUCUUUCUCUAUUUUAUUCCAAGGUAUUUUUGCACUGCAUUCAAUAAAAUACAAACUGCAAAGACUCGUUAUGAUAAAACAAAAAACACCACAGCUGAGUUUGCAUUAAUAUCGCUCUAGUGUUUAAUGUUGAAAUGAGGCCGGGCUGCCGUUUCAGACGCUACACGCUAGGUCAAUAACACCAUAAAAGGACAGAAGUAAAGUACACUGUAUGAUCUUAUUAGCACCUCUAGACACUAUUGUCUUUUGGAGUACACCGUAGGGUCUCUGUACACCACUUACUACAACUAUUAGACACUUGUGUUUACAUGAUCAGCAUUAUUAUUAUUAUUAGAAGUAGUAGUUAGCCCUCGUGUGCUAAAGGGCUAGCACAAAUCAAUCUUGAAAAAAAAAAGAGCAGCAAAUAAAUCCACAAAGAAGUCCCUUGGCACCUUUCCCAACCAUUAUCCAACAUUUUCAUGCUUUGAAUGACUUGGGCUUGAUUGGCGUCCCAGCCGUGCUUUACGGACGAGGACAAGGGCGGGUCCACUUUAACCAAACUAACAGCAGGAGCCGCUGGCUGCCAGUCUCACUAAUAAGGGGAAUGGCGCCGAUUCAAAGACAUAAAAUGAAGAAAACGUGUGCAAAACGUCUUUUCUCUUUGCUUUACUGCCACUUAUAGCAUUGGAACACCACCACAUUCAAAUAUACCGCAUGGUAAAUGUGCGCCGUAUAUCUUGAGGUUCAAUAAAAGCAGACAUACUGUAUAUACAAUAUAUUCUCUAUGUCGUGUCAUACAAUCACAUUUGAGAUGAUACAUGUGGAAAUGGUUGAAUCACACCACUGGUUUUUUCUCUUGAAUCAACCUCCACAUGCUGGAUUUCCUCAAUUCGUGGCCUUGUUUACUCAACUACAGAAAGUACCAGUCAUUAAUAUUUUAAAAAAAACUGCAUUUUCCAAAUUGGUAAGUGAAAUGAUUUAUAUGGCAACGUACUGCGAGUUGAAAACAUAAAAGAAGUCUAUUGUAAAGAAGAGACAUGGCGUCCAGUAGAGUGGAGGCCACUAUUUGAGGAAAUAUGUUGA